AUUUGCAGCCUUGCCCAUCAAGCGAGGCAACUCUUCGUUUCUUUUGUCGAACUUUUGGUCACCAGCCUUGCAUUUUAGUCGAAGCAUUAAAACACUCAUAACCACUCUGUCGCCAUUUUUGUACGUCAAUCCCGUCAAUAUACAUAUAUCUUUUACACGGCAUACUUAUAUUUGCUUAACAGGAUUAUUUCUUGACAAGAAAGCAAAAAGACACUGCAGGUUGGACCGCGUGUUAUCAACCUUUCACCCCGCCUUUCCCUCAUUGACGCAUCCGUCACUCCAACAUCGACUUAAUAUAACCUGCACGUUACAUUAAAGGAUACAUAUAUCAAUUGUUUGCCGGUCAAUCCGUCAACAAUCUAAUUAAUAUGUCGGAUUCCGUUCCUGAGGUCGCCAAGUUGGCAGAGCCUGUCGCAACUCAGGCGCUUGCAGAAGUCCCAGUGGCGACUGAAGCUGCGCCAGAGAAGACAGAGGCUGCACCAGCAGCGGAUGCUGCCCCGGUUGCAACUGCUACUGAAACCCCUGCCAAUGGCGCUGAGAAGACUGGAGAGGAGGCGAAGGACAGCUCUGACAGGAAGGGAGAAUUCCAGCGCAACGGCCAGGACAGAGGACCACGCGUGUUCAAGAGAUACGAGAGCAAGAGCAAGUUCGACCCAUCUAAGCUCCCAAUCACGGACAACCCGUCCGAGAUCCGCGCCCAGGUUGACUUCUACUUCGGUGACUCCAAUCUUCCCACCGACGACUUCUUGCUAGAAUUGACCGGCGGAUCGGAGAACAAGCCCGUAUCGCUGAAGAAAGUCCACGAAUUCGGCCGCAUGAAGCGUUUCCAGCCCUACUCCACCAUCGUCGAGGCGCUGAAGACCUCCGUUGUCGUCGAGGUCAGCGGCGCCGCCGACGAGGAAGUCGUGAAGCGCAAGGUACCACUGAGAAAUAACCAAGGCUCCGAAGCCACUCAGCUAUACAAGGCGAAGGAGGCCCGCUCCGUCUACGCCAAGGGCUUCGGCGACGAAGAGGCAACCACCCAAUUCGACAUCGAGGCUUUCUUCGCGACGUACGGCCCCACCAACGCGGUCCGCCUCCGCCGCGACGACGACACCAAGGCCUUCAAGGGGUCCGUGUACGUUGAGUUCGCGAGCGAGGAGCUGGCCAAAGCGUUCCUCGCGCUGGACCCCAAACCGAAGUGGAAGGGCGAGCAGGAGCUCGAGGUCAUCUCCAAGGCCGACUAUGUCAUGACGUGCAACAAGGAGAUUGCGGAUGGCGUGAGGAAGCCAAAGGAGACCAAGGUCCGUGGCGGUGGCCGCGGUGGACGUGGAGGCGACCGCGACCAAGGCGACUGGAAGAAACGCCGUGCUGACGACCAGAGGCACGGAUUCAGGGAUAACAAGGGGGGUCGUGGAGGCCGUGGUGGCCGCGGUGGACGUGGAGGUCGUGGCGGACGUGGUGGCAACCCCAACCGCGAGGCCAGGGGCCCACGCCCGGAUAACAACAGAAACGAGGAGGCUGCUGCUAAGGCUUCCGCGCCGGAAGGAGGUGAGAGCAACAACAAGCGUGCGCGCGAGGAUGACGGAGGAGCAGGACAGGCACCGGCUAAGAAGGUUGACACUAAGGAGGCGCUGGCACCGGCUGCGGCUUCGUAG